CGCGCUAUGCGCCUUUGUUGUACUUUAACUGCUCUAUGGCGACGCUCUGAAGCUGCAGCUGCAAUGGUUCGCGGAGAGCACGGUAAGGCCUCACGGACAGUCGGUAAAAGUACUCUGGAAAAGUACUCAGAGUAGUCGGAGAAUCCAACAGGAUGCGAUGACUUUCUAGAUGACCGAGCAAAAUUACUCGAGUGUUCAGCUGCCGAUGAAAAAAAAAUUGAGGACAAGUUUCGGAUGACCCUACUUGAGCACAUUUUUAGAGAUAUGCCAGGAUUUGGAAGCGCCACGUCACGGCAGUCGGGAGUUUGGGGGAAUGUGCACACACGUGUAGUGCGUACGUAAGCCCGAGGAGAAGAUAAGGCUGUUACGUACACGGAAAGCGUCAGUAAACUGAUUGUGUGUGAAGUCACAAGGAACGACGCUAGUGCCGAAAGAUUUGGAUAGGCCAUGGAUGUUUCCACGUGAGGCUGCUGCUCGUCUCCGGAUGCCUCGUGAUGGCGGGCGUUCUCGAGACCGUGGUGGUCGGCUACCUGCUGCCGUCCGCGACCCUGGAGCUCGGCAUGUCCGACCAGGACAAGGGCCUGCUGGCCGCGGCGAGCUACGCCGGCAUCGUGCUGUCCUCGCACACGUGGGGGCUGGUCGCCGACACGCAGGGCCGCAAGCGGGCGCUGCUGUGGGCGACGCUCCUCGACGUGGUGGCCUCGCUCCUCUCCUCCAUCGCGCCCAACUUCGAGGUGCUGCUCGGGCUGCGCUUCUGCUGCGGGCUCUUCACGAGCGCCCCGGCCGCCCUCACCUUCGCGUACCUCGGUGAGUUCCACACGCCCGCCACGAGGAGCCGGUCCAUCAUCUGGAUCGGGGCCUUCCCCUCCGUCGGGCUGAUCCUGCUGCCCGGCGUGGCUUGGGCCGUGCUGCCGCAGUGCUGGGGCUGGGACCUGGGCUUCGUGAGUUUCGGCCCCUGGCGCCUGCUGCUGGUGCUCUGCGCGCUGCUCAGCCUCAUGUCGGCGCUGAUGCUGUGGCUGCUCGUGCCCGAGAGCCCCAAGUUUCUGGCCAACCGCGAGCCGGAGCGCGCCCUGGCUGUGCUCCGGAGGAUGUACGCCCUCAACAAGGGUGGGUCCGGCGACCUCUAUCCAGUUGACGGGCUGAUCGGCGCACCUGGCACCAAACCGACCGUGUCGACGGUGGAGCUGGGUGACAGCAAACCGACAGCCACUGCCUCUUCACUCGGCGUCGGGGGCACUCUGAGACUCAUCUGGGCGCAGACUGCGCCGCUCUUUAAGCCCCCCUUCCUGUUGCACUCGACCCUCGUCUGUAUCAUCCAGUUCGGCAAUCUAGCUAGUGCCAACGGCCUCCAGAUCUGGCUGCCGGACAUCUUCAACAAACUCGCCCAGUUCGAGAAGGAGUACCCGAGCCGGACGGCCACAAUCUGCGCGGCCCAGGACGCCAUCGGAAGCAGCGGGCAGGCCCCCGACCCCGCGCACCCGUUCUGCGCGCCCGUCAACGAGGCCAUGUUCCGGAACAACCUCAUCAUUGGCGCCGUGUCGCUCGCCAUGCCGCUUCUCUGCGGCCUCAUCGUCAACAAAGUGGGCAAGAGGAACCUUCUCGGUGAGUGCCCCGGGCUUUCGUGCUAUACUGGACGUCGUCCUCGUCCUUAUCUGGCCGAGUGGAGUUACAGCGACUGCGAGUGACUCACCGGGUUUUCUAAGAACCCCACUCCGCUCGCGAGGAGACGUCAAAGGCAUAGCAGGUGGGCGGUUGACCGGUGGACUGGUGGUGUCCAACCGCGGGGUACACAGUGCGUCCAACGCGGUCCAACGGACCCGGACCCAGUGCACACGCCCUCGACCUCAUCCAACCGGACGCUAACCUCGCGCGCUCGUCGACGGACUGCAGGCUGAAGGCUGAAGGCUUCACUGUUAAUCCGCCCGGUAGAUAGGCGACUUCGACAAAGUCGCCAGCGGGUCAGACGACUUGUGUCGACUGCUGAACACCUUCUGUUCUUCCGGGUAAUUACAUUGUAUGAGUUCAUAGGCAUUCCACCCACUGCCCAUGCAAUUUACCCGAAAGAACAGAAGGUGUCCAGCAGAUAGUCGACAUAAGUCGCCUAGUUUUGCGGUUCAGGCGACUUUGUCGCCUACCUGCUGGACACCCGGAUUUACAGUGUAGAGCAGAGGCUGCAGGCUGCUUGAUUCUCUCCUUGAGCUCGCCCCCGACCCGUCUCUCUGAGAGUUCGUCA